CGAGGAGGAAGUUGAGUGCUCAGUGUCCGUGUCGAGUCGCGAGUGGAGUUCUCCGUGUGCUGUAACACCUGCCGAAAGCUCCGGUCAAUUGGCUGUUGCAUGCAAAUUGCCACACGGCGAGACGUGAAUUUCGUCCAGACAGUGAAGUGCGCGCGGGAAUUUUCCUAGACCUCUCUCAGCAUUUUCUAUCGCAGCCCAAUUGGCCCCGAGUCUCGUGUGAUGCAAGAGCAUAAUUAGCUAAUCCGCGGAGGCUUUGCGAAAAGAGCAACAAAAAGUCAUCGAGACCACUUUGCCGAUCUCCAGCGCACUACUUUUGCUUCACAAUCCACCGACCCAGGCAAAUAUUGUGUGACUCGCGAGCAAGACAAAUAGGCAGAGUCUCUUUGUGUGCCAAAACGCAAAAAGAAUAAUAAGCCAUUAGUAAGUGCGCUCAAACGGGUGGCGAGUGAAAGGAAGAUAUUCGGUGUGAUUUCUUGCAUGUUAAUUGCAAGCGGGGACUCUCUCUGCUGUGCCGUGAAUACCGCGUGGUGCUGAAGAGGUUGAUGGUUGCCAGUGGCAGUUGUGGCUCAAGAGUGCCGGAUUGCGUGAGUGUGUGACGACGAAGGGCCCCUGAAGUCAGAGUGUUAUCGCGCGCCAAGUCCUGCAACACCUGGAGAUUCAUGCUGAGAACCGUGAAGAUGAGAAGGAAUGUGAAGUUUCUCCUUCUCCUAUCAAUUUCAUGGAUGUUUAUUAUGGUUUACUACUUCCAAUCCAAUAAUGCCAAGAUUGAGAAUAGAGCGCUUCGGCUGCGGGACGCCGUGACGGCCGCCGCUGUCCAGUACCCGGACCAUGAGGUGGCGUCCUCGACAUCGCCGCAGGGAGUGCCCAUCGCUGUGGUGCCGGAGACAUCGCCACGGCUGUCAUGGGACUACUUCGACGAGGCGGGCUACAUCGCCAGGGGUGGAUUGCGCAAUGGGGAGGAUCCGUAUAUUCGCAAUCGAUUCAAUCAGCAAGCAAGUGACCUCCUGCCGAGCAACAGAGAAAUUCCUGACACUCGAAAUCCCAUGUGUCGGAAGAAAAAGUGGAAACGCGAUCUUCCAGCCACGAGUGUAAUUAUUACGUUCCACAACGAAGCAAGAUCAACGCUCCUGCGCACAAUAGUCAGCGUACUCAACCGCAGUCCAGAGCAUUUGAUCAAAGAGAUAAUUUUGGUUGAUGACUUCAGCGAUCAUCCCGAAGACGGCCUCGAGCUGGCCAAGAUCAACAAGGUUCGAGUGAUUCGCAAUGAGAAGCGCGAGGGUCUGGUCAGAUCCCGCGUGCGAGGAGCAGAUGCGGCGGUGGCCAAUGUUCUCACCUUCCUGGACAGUCACUGUGAGUGCAACGAGAACUGGCUGGAGCCCCUGCUGGAGAGGGUGGCGGAGGAUCCCUCGAGGGUGGUCUGUCCAGUGAUAGACGUUAUCAGCAUGGACACGUUCCAGUACAUUGGCGCCUCUGCGGACCUCCGAGGGGGUUUCGACUGGAAUCUCGUGUUCAAGUGGGAAUACCUGAAUCCCAACGAGCGCCAGGCUCGCCUGAAGGACCCCACCGAGGCCAUCCGAACACCCAUGAUCGCGGGCGGUCUCUUCGUGAUUGACAAGACCUACUUCGAGCGCCUCGGGAAGUACGACACGAAGAUGGACGUGUGGGGUGGCGAGAACCUGGAGAUCAGCUUCAGGGUGUGGCAGUGCGGCGGCAGCCUUGAGAUCAUCCCGUGCAGUCGCGUGGGUCAUGUCUUCCGCAAGAGGCAUCCGUACACCUUUCCCGGAGGCAGUGGAAAUGUCUUUGCGCGGAACACUCGCCGGGCGGCCGAAGUGUGGAUGGAUGACUACAAGCAGUACUACUACGCUUCAGUACCUCUGGCGAAGAAUAUCGCCUUUGGCAACAUCGAUGAUCGAAUGGAGCUGAGGCGAAAGCUCCAAUGCAAGCCGUUCAAGUGGUAUCUGGAGAACGUUUAUCCGGAACUCGUGGUGCCAGAAACUACUGCGCUGGGCAGCCUUAGGCAGGGUCCUUACUGUCUCGACACGAUGGGUCAUCUCACAGACGGGACUGUUGGUCUGUAUCAGUGUCACGACAGCGGCGGCAACCAAGAGUGGUCCAUCACGAAGCGCGGUCAGAUCCGUCAUCACGAUCUCUGCCUCACUCUAGUCAAUUUCGCGCACGGCUCGAUGGUCGUGAUGAAGUUCUGUGAUGACUCAGAGAACCAGGUGUGGCGGACGCGAGACGGUGGACUGCUGCAGCACUCCAAGAUCAAUGUGUGCCUGGACUCGCGUCACGUGCACGAGAAGGGCGUGUCGGCGGAGCGCUGCAACUCUGCCCUGGAGUCGCAGCGCUGGCGCUUCCAAUCCAAGUACUCGUCAUGAAUGGGGCCUCCGGCCGCCCGCAAGCGACGCCGCGCGGCCACGUCGCGAUUGUGAUUAUAAUCCCAGCACUUCCCGGCCGUCGCUCCGGCGUCCAAGAGACUGCGACGGCGUCUCUCAGGCGAGUUCUGACGAGUGCCCACAACACAACCAUUUCCAGCAAAUCACAUUCAAAUGGACGGCUACCCUUCUCGGCACCGUGAUACUUAGGCAAAGACACCUUUACUCCCAAACUUCGGGACAUCCUCAGUGUAUAGACAAUUUCCCCCAGUUAAGGAUAAGACUUAUUUAUUGUAUUGUCUCUUUUAUCAAAGACCACAAAAACUAUAUCGAAUGUUACCCCAGGACGCUCAGAAGGACAUUCGAGGCGCUUUUUCACUCUUUCAAGCAAUAUUUUUGAUCAUUUUUCCACCUUCUCCACAAUUUUUGCUGCUUCACGACCGGCAAAGGCAGACACUUUUCACGAUGACGAUGAGAAAUUCACUGCAUAAGUGAUGAUUUUCGUGAUUUUAUUGAAAUCUUUUGAAUGAAACAUUGCAAAAUCCCUCACAAAGCCAAAUAUUUCCCGUGCAAUUCUACACAACGCGCAAGCUAAGUACUCAACUACCAACUGCUUUACUGAAACACCCUUCAGGCUUCCGGCUAAGGGUGUAUUUUGCUGAAUUUUCACUAGGAAAAAUCUCAAAUUGAGCAUGAGAAUGAAUUUUUCAAGCAACAAUUCAUCGUGAGUGUAACGAAAAAGCUCAACGGUGUGGAUAAAAUCACCCUUAAUCACGAAAAUUGGUGAUGCUGGUAUUGGAAAAUGAUAAGAGCAUUAAAAUUUGAGGGUGGAAAAAUGCCUCGAAAGCAGCCUUCGGCAAAGGCAAUAUGUUUUCUUUCAUAAAAAAUGAACAAGUGAGUCAAUUUGCUAAGUUUCUAGUUCUCUUAUAUAUAUAUAAAGUAUGAAAUCGCGAGGGAGAAUUUUUGUACAUAAAAUUCACACAUCUAUAUAUAAUUUUCAUAUUCAGUUAUUCUUCCUAUAGCAUAAGAACAGCGACGAAGAGAUGACGGAGCGAAAGCUCAGGAGACAGUGAAGAGCAUUAAAUGCAAAAUUCAUAUCCUGAGUAUUAGAAUACUGAAAUUAUUGUUUCACAUCAUCCCUCCGUUGAAAUCUCCGUGAAGACUCAUUGAAAUGCAUUAUAUGGACGCGAUGGGAUCUCCUUCCGCACUUUUAUCUCUCAUUUCUAUUUUAAUAUAAAUAUGUAUUUAUGGACGAUGAGGCGGCAUAGCGCAAUUCACCCAGUGGAGCGAUUCUAUAUAGCAUUUAUACAUGUGGAGAGAUGUUAGGUGAAGAAAUUUAUUGUAUAAGCAAACACAGGCUGGAGAGCAUUAUGUGGAUGUGUACAUGGAUUUGCGGAAUGUGUGGGUGAAUGGUGAGAAAAAUGCCCCCAAGAGUCAUCAUCCCCUGAAAUCAUCUCGAAAGCAACGUGUUAAUCGGCCAUUUAACCCUCUUAUUGGGUGCCACACGAUGGCCGACAGGGUGAAAAACGUGCCCCCAAGAAAGGGUGCCUCCGGCCAAGCACAAAUUCCCUGGACCACCCACUGCGAGGCGCCCCACAAAGUCAUCCCCUUUGUCUGUAAUUGUGAAUAUUAACUUUCCACACGAGAGGCGUCCCUACAUUCCCCCCCCCCCUCUGAAACACGUCACACAAAGUCCCCCCGGCGGAGCGACCCCAGCCCAGCGGCAGGAUUGUACUUAAUACAGAAGGAGAAGACGUAUAACAAUAAAUACACUGCGAGUCAAUGUAAAGAAAUAAUUGAGUGAAUUUUUGUAUAAAUAGCUCGUGGAUUUAUUUAUCAUCUCGGAGAUGGAUCUCUCACACCCCCGGAAUUUCUCCUGAGAGCAAAUUAACAAACCGUGGAAUGUCUCGGAAAUUCCAUUCUGCUGCCCCUCGUCGUAUCAUUUCAGGGAAAUCCACCGUGAGGGCGGAACUGUCCCUGUAAUUUGAAUGACCUCUAAAGAGGAGGAAUUUUAUCAUUUUCCCGGGGAACAUUUCGGGGCUCGUUAUCUUUAUGCAGAGUGUCUCCAUGAAUUCCUAACAAGGAAAAAAAAUAUCGUGUUGGCUUUAUUACAUUUUAUCCGCGUCCAUAUUUUAACUCCGCCCACUAAUAUGCCCCACCCAAUCACAUAUAAAUACCCUCUAACACUCUGUAAAUUCUUCAUUGAUCUGAUCAAGGAGAAGACUUGGGAGAAGAUGAAAAUAAAUUCAUUGAGUUUCCAUCUGAUAUUCCCAACUGAAAACUGUUUUCUAUGGGCAUCUUUUCCGACCAUAACCUCAACACUUCCUCUUCCUAAGAUUUCCGCAGAAUUGUACACCACUUCUGACUAUAUUAUCCCUCGCCUUGAAUCUAAUAAAAAAACAAAUAUCAAUAAUUCCAUUUCAUUCAUUUGUUGUCAUUCUUUUUGAGAAUUGUUAGCAAAAAUUGAUAGAAAAUGUAUUCAAAAUCAUUACUUUCGCCACAAGAGGCGAGGCUUUUAAUAAAUUAGAAAAUCGGAUGAAGUAUGCAAGAGAGGAGAAGGAAUAGCCUUCCAUUGGCAGACAAAUUGAGAGCAAUCUAUUUUGCGCCAUAAAACUCAAGUGAAAAAGGAGGAAAUCAAUGAGCUUCCAUCUGCGUCAGAUGCUCCAUACCGAAAAAUAUUCCCCACAAAACGCUCCACUUUAUAGCUCAACAACCUCGUGAGAGAAAAUGAGAAAUGUGGCUUUGGAGGGAAAAAAAAGGAGGGCGAGAAGCAGCAGCAGCGCAAGAUAAUUUACGCCGCGUUGAAUCCACCGACAGAUUGAGAGUGCAAUAAUGUACAAAAUUUGUGUAAUGGAUGAACCCUCUCUCGUAUUUCUCAGCCGCGCGGGAAAUUCAUAGGAUCAUUAGACGAAUGACACACACUUUAUGGGUUUGAUAUUAGAAUCUUGCAGAGAUUGCAGGCGAAUGGCAGCUGACUCCGCUCAUUAUUCUUGCGUUUUCCCACCCUUCGGCCUCGCCCUGGACAAAUUGUACACAGUUUUCUCGCGUCUGCGGAGUGUUGGGGAAAAAGAGCCUCAAAUACUGCCACAAACAUGACAUUAAAUGCUACUCAAAGGCAGAGUUGACACGGACAGUGAAGAUAUCGCCAGAUGAAGAUGCGAUUGCCGUUGAAAGCACACUUCCGACGAAUCCAAAAUGACGACACUUUUAGCACAGAGUGUUUUCCAGGAAGUUGAGUAGAAAGGAUUGUAUAUAAGUAAUUAUUAGGAUGUAAAUAAAGUUAGACAAGAUGCUUGUAGACAAUGAUGAGGAAUGUAAACGUGACUAAAGAGGCAGUGAUGCUAAAUACUCAAUUAAAUGCUGUAAAACAAUCGUGUCAAUAAAUCAAAUGUUGAAAGGUGAAUCGUUAGAUAAUCAAUUUCCUAUCAUUUAAUCAUACUUCAUUAGCCUAAUUCCCUGUACUUUUAAGUAUUAUGGAUAUAAUCUCAUGUUUAUGAUCUUUCAAGGCAGAAAAAGAGCAAAAAAAAACGAUUAGAAGGGAAAAUAGCGAGAUGACAACUUUUGUAAGAUAUUGAAUAAAAGAAAUAUACGAAUAUUGAA